GUGACCUGUGGGCUGUGAGCUCGUCCACCCACCUAAGCAAUAAAAAAAAUCCUUGGUGCUUGUCGUUAAAAUAAGUUGAAUUACUAAAAUUUUGCUACUAAGAUACGUCUUAAAGGACUCGUAUCCAAGUCAUAUUAAAAAGCAGACUCAGAGGCGCUUGCGUCACGUCAUGGCUGGCAUGAAGCUUGAUUGCUUUUCUUGCGAAAGUGAGCUUGGUUUUCUUUCUAAGUCGUGAAUGAAUGUUUUGACUUUUAUUUACGUAUCCAAGUUUGAAAUAACGCGUUAUAAAUGAUUCUUUACAAGUGUAGACUAUGAAUAUGUUCCAUUAUAAAUAAUGAAACAUUUGUGACGAAGAAAGAAUAUUCAUCGUUCGCAAAAUGAACGACGGCGACUGGAUUUGCAGUGAUCCAAGUUGCGGAAAUAUUAAUUUUGCUCGUCGGGCAUCAUGUUACCGAUGUAAUAAAGAUAGGCCUGAUGGGGUAAAGCCUUCUAAAAAAAAGCUUGGAACGGAGAUCGGAAAGUCAGCGGCAGAAAAGUCUCGCGGCCUUUUCAACGCUGAUGAUUGGCAAUGCAAUAAAUGUGCCAAUGUGAAUUGGGCUCGGCGUCAAACGUGUAAUGUGUGCAAUGCACCAAAAUUUGGUGAAGUUGAAGCUCGUACCGGUUACGGCGGCGGUUAUAAUGAGCGCGGAGUUGUAGAGUACAGACGUCGUGAGCAUUCUUCCGAUGAUGAAUAUGACGAAUUUGGAAGAAAGAAACGUAAACGCAAAUCGGAACAACAAGACAAGGUUGGCAUCACUGAAGGAGCAGCACCCAAAAAGUUGCCUUCAACAAUGCUGCAGAUGGAAACAAAUAUGGACCAUAAAAUGCCUGUACCUGCUUCAAAGACGAACAAUGCUAAUAGUGUAAAAAUAUCAAAAGGCAGCCUUAGUGAUAGCUCAGUGUGUGAUUUUCCACCACUUACUAAGGUAGCAUUCAGAAGAAAUCAACUUCAAACCCAGACUAACUAUCAUAGGCAAGAUCAUAUGUUGCCAACAUAUAAAACUAUCAAUCAACCUCGUAAAAGAUUUAUAAGCUCAGGUGACAGAGACCAUGCGGCAUCAUCAGGCUAUGAAACUGGUUCUAAGAGAAGCAAGAGAAGUAGUAUUGAAUCAACAUGUAAUAAACCUUACAACCCUGUAAUGGAGAACAGAGUGUCUUCUACUAAUAAUGACAAUGUGAUCUACACAUUUGCUGGGACAACUCCAGCUGAUGAUUUUCAAGUCAGUUAUACAAUUGAAGAAAGAGUGAAGGCUGCGGCUUUUGCUAUUGUGUACAACAAUUGUAAAAUCAGUACAGAUAGAUUUGAAUCAUUUUAUGACAAACCAGCUCCUGAUUUCAAAACAAUAUUUGCAUGGCGUCAGAGAUUACUUACCACAGGAUGUCUGGUUGACUCACACUUAGACGCAAAGAAAGAUGUUAAUGAAAAAAUAACUAAUAGUUCUUUAAAUCUCAGUAGCACUGCUAACAAACUUCUGAACAAUGUAAAUGUAGACAAAAUUGUGACAAAAAUAGCCAAUCCUGAUGAAAUUCCAAUAGAAUCAGAUAGUGGUGAAAGCCUCCAAAAUGUUAGUCAAACAAAAACAAAGUUUUUGGACCAAAGAAGUGUCAGUGCUGAAACCUUGCUCAUUCCAGGCUUAGAAAAAGAUGCUCGUGCUUUGGCAAGUUCAGUUAGCACAGUAGAGGGCCAGAGCUCUCAAAGAGAUGGUAGAAGUCGUUCUCCUUCUACACAUCAAAGAACUAGAUCUAGCUCACGUGCUAGUCAAUAUUCAAAUUAUCCUGACAGUGAUUCUGAGAAAUUAGAGAAACGAAUAAAUACGAAAAGUAUUUCGAACAAUAAGAUUCAGACAAAACUGUCUAUACAGGAUUCUGAUUCAGAUUCUAUGUCAUACAAUAGUGAAGAUGAAAAUUUUUUGUCAAGAGUUUAUGGUGAAGGUAGAAAAUUAAGACGAAGAGUUCGAAGACGCUCUGCAUUAUCCAAUGCAAAACUAACAAGCUACAGUCCAAACAUUGAGUCUCAGACAUUCCAAGGCUACAGUACUGGUGUAAACCCAGACCAGCCAUCACUAGAGGCUUCAAAUAGGUAUACAUCUAAUUUGAGUGUCAUGAAUGUAAGAGAACAUGACAGCAAACUUGUUGAUACAGAUGGAGGUUCCAUAGAGUAUGUACCGACAAAAGUUGGUUCCACUGCAAAGAAAAAUUACCAAGAGUUUAAAAACAAUGUUCGUCGGAAAGGUUAUUGGGCCAAAGGAAAUGGAGCAGCUUUCGGACGAAACAAUAACACAUCCAGAAAUUUACCACUACAAAAGUGUAGUACCAGCUUUUCAAAUUGGAACACAAUUAAAAAACCUCCAAAAAUUACUGUUCAGAAUAAUGCCAUCCCCUUUAAACAUGUAGACCGUAGUACAAACAACUCGUAUCCUACAGAAAUACAGUGUUACAAUUCUCAAACACAGAAGAAAGCUGUGAUGAACCAGAUUGAUGAUUUUACUAAAGAUGAUUUAGAUUAUACUGCACCAGAUGACCAGUACUUAUCAUUUGACAAGCCAUCACAAAGCUGUAAUCAAGUGAAAAUUCCCACUAACCAUGAAGAUUCGGAUCGAAUAUUUGCUGUGGUACAGUCUGCAUCAAAUAAUAAAAAUAAAAGCAUUAUGGACAUAUUUGAAACUAACGAAGUUAGAACUAGUCCUGAAGAAAGUCAAGAAAUUGAUUAUGACAGCAUACUAAAAAGAUAUGAAUCUCAGUGGGAUGAAGAUGAUGAUGAAUUGUACAAAGAUUCAUUUGAUACUGGAUUAAAUGUCCACAAAACGUCUACACCUCCACAAAAUACAGUUGUAGUAGCCCCAAUGCAAAGUCCAUUAUCAAACAUGCUGUAUUCUGUAGCAGAUACAGAACCUCAACCUGACACUUCUAACAAAUCUAUUACAGGUAUUUUCAAACAAGAAAUGUUACUUGGUUUAUUAAAAGAAAUCCAAGUCAAUAAAUGCCAACAGCUGGGUGAAUUAAUUUCGCCUCUGAAACCCUGUGACCCUGCUGUCUCUGAAUCAGAUAUAGAUGAUAGUACUACUGUUCAAAAUAUUGUACAAGCUCAGCCUGUUAAAAAUAUCGAUCAACCAAUAACAGUGAGCAGAGAACCAUCAGUUGAAAUAAUACAAACUGCUAGUCAGGAUAGUGUCUGUGAUGUCAAUAGACACAUGAUGUCUAAAUCAAAUGACACUAAAAGUCCAUCAAAAUCCAUAGAAAUUCUGGAAUCUGUUUCCAUACAACCGAAUCAUAAAUAUUUCAUAUCAACACAGAAACUGUAUGAAAACCCCUCUAAUAUUUCAACACAAAGCGAAAUAAACAACACUGUCCAAGAAUCCGUUACAGAGCCUGUGUUAGAAGUAAUCCAAGAACAAACAGCAAAAGUCCCUCCCCUGGAUUUAUCAGAUCUUUUGGCUGGAAUUAACACAAAUAACCUCUUAUUAGCUCUUCAGAACUUGCAACAGAUAAAUCAGAAGUCAUCUGCAGAAACUGAAAAUGUAGAUAUAACUGAACAUAAUUCUUCAAGUGAAGAUGUUCAGCAUGUAGAAACCAUUAAUUUAAUAAAUGAUGAAGAAUGGGAACGCGAAACAAAUCGAGGAGAAAGUAUAGAACGACAACUAGAACAGUUACACGGAAAUAGAGGAAACACACCUUUUCUAAGUGAUAUUUUUGACCCAGGACCAGUAGUAAUACCACCAAAUGUUGCUAAAAAUCUCAAUUUAAAUCUCCAAAAUCUCAACCCAGAUAAAACUGAAAAAACUAAACACAUAAAUGAAAAUGCUCCAGUUAUAGGAAAUUUCAAAAGUUUCGCGCUACCGAAACCUAUCUUAUUAAAUAGACUUAAAUUGACAGUCAAGGGUUCAGAUAAGAAUCCUAAAAAGGGAGACGGAAAGAAGAAACAAAAGAAGAAGAAUAAGACACAAGCUCAUCAAACUGAAGAUGGGGCCGAACAAGAUGAGGAAGAUGAUGAGGAAUCUGGAGAUGAGGCAGACCUAUCAAAAUACGAUUUGUGGGGCAGUGAUGAAGAAAGGGGAACUUCUUCUAAAAAAGAUGAUGCAGAUAAAUCUAAAGUCAGUGAAAGUCUAAAGGAGAGCGUACCCGAAGUAGAAGAUAACGGGAAGGCAGCUUCACCAGAUAUAAAAAAUAACAAGAGACACAGAAGUUCGUCCUCUUCAUCAAGUUCCUCAUCAAGCUCCAGCUCUAGUCACAGCUCCUCCCAGACUCCAAAAAAUAAGUUUGACGAUUUCAAUUUGAAUAGCGAACGCGAAUCGUCGCCGAAACAGGACAAGUCGCGGUCGCGGUCGCCCCGGUCCCGGUCCGGCGGCCCCGUCCGGCGCAAGUCGCGCGACAGCCGCUCCGCCGGCGAGACUAGGAGUCACGAGUCCUCGCGGGACAAGGACCGGUCUCGGCGCGACAAGUCUCGCAAGGAGCGCCGCUAUAGUCGCGAGGGGCACUACGGUGGCCGCGGACGACACCGCUAGUCGCGUCGCGCCCCACCGAGUGGACGUGCUCAGACCCGGGAACUUAAACCUUACAGGCGCAUAUUGUAUCUGCGCGCUUCCGUCCUGCAACUUCCUCCAUCUUUAACUGACGUCACCGUCAGAAAACCUACGGUCAGAGUGGUUUCUGGGCGUGCGCCGGACGCACAGUAUGCGCGUGGGCUUAAGCUCCGUCUGCGCCCUCUGUGUUGCCUCUGCAGUUAAAUUGCAUUUUUUUUCGGACAAAAGGACCGGGACGCGGCGCCGUAAUUAUUCGACGACCAGUAAACCGGAAUCCGUUCAUAUGAAGAAGUAAAUUCGCGUGUCGAGAACAGUGCUCUAUGAAAAUUACGAAUGUAUGAUAUUAGCUUCAAAUUUUAACGCGUACCCGUGGAAACUGGUUUGUACCGGUAUGCGUCGUGCACGCAAAACGGAGCGUGCAGACGGAGCAUUAUGAUCGUUGACUUUCACACGAGUAAAAAAACAUUUAUAUUAAUGCACAAGAUCAAAAAAAAAUACUUUAUUGAAAAUUUAAGUUCAGAGUCAUUCUUAAUUCAAUUGGGUCUAAUAAUAUUUAUCGGGCCUCGUUCCUAGUACAUAAAUCAUUUUAGUAAGAAUAACUUUUUUUAUUUUUACUUACCGUGGUUUGAGUCCUUUCUGCUAAAGCACAUCCAAUUAAUAUAAUAACCAUUAGCCGUUUAUCGCAUAACAUUGGGUACCGAUGGAUUUCUAAUGUCUACGUAAAAAAAAGUGCUUUGAAACAAGUGAAUGAGCAAACGAAGAGAAUACACUAUUGUCCCGUUCUGAACAAUGUCCACUGUGACAGCGCCGCGACAACUUCAUAUAUAAAUAUUGAUAUAUAUAUAUAUAUAUCAAGAAGCAAUAUGUAAUUAAGUAUGCAGAGUUUAGUAUACAUUUAGAGUCUAGUUCGUAUUUUUAUAUAAAACAAUAGCGGUACAUAUGUAUGUUAAGUGGGGUUACAGAUUUGUAUUUUUUUUUCAUAACUUGUCGAGAAUCUAUGGUUAGAUAAGAAUAGAAGCAAUAUUGGAUUUUCAUAAAAUUUCAUAAGACGCUUUGUAUACUUUACGGUGUAAUAGUUUAAUUUAAUCGGCGACCGACGCCGUGUCUACGUGAAUCGAAAAAAAUAAAUAUGAGUGAUUUGAAAAUUUUAAAAUAGUUUUUAAUCAGCUCGAAACUUGUUGUUUUCAACCAUCCUGUUUUAGGGUUGUCGAAACAUAAAUUGAAAUUCAAAGUUUUUUGUUCAAGUACAUUCAAGAUUGCCAUUUGGGUACGUAUUGAUGAGCGAUUUGUACCGAAAUAAGUACCAGACAGUCAUGUGUGUUUCGAUAGGUUUUUAAAAACAAUAACGCAAAACUGAACAAACGUGAACUGCGGAAGGUUUUCGAACCAAUCGCGUGGUACGAUUUCGAAAUUUGGGUUUAUUUAUUACCUUAAAUGUGAAUAACGCGAUGAAUGUUAACUUUAUCGUAAUUAACACCCCCUCACACUUUGUGGAAAAGCCUUGAACUUCUUGAACUUUCUAGUAGGUAUUGAUUGGUUUUGUUACUUACCUUGGAUAUUCAUAAUUACUAAUUGAUUCUGAGAACAGCGUCGAGGGACAUACUGGCGGAAACAUGAAGGUCGUGUCGAUUGAAUUAUUUCAAUUUUUCAGUCUGGCCUUUCUUCGGAUGUGAAUGUGUAAUGAUGGUGGCUUAUAAACCCUUUAACCAACCUUAAACCGAACUAAUGCAACACAAGUGUGGACAAACUGAAAAAAAUAGCUUGAAAUCUUCGUCAAAAAGUCCAUCCCAAACUCCCAUAGAUUUUCUGAGAGCAUUCUGAACUUUUUUAUUUUACAAAAGACUGACUGCCUUCGGGGAAUCUCGAAUAGUCGAUCCAUUCGCAAACAAUCAAAUGUACAAAAUAUCAUUACUAAGUUUUAAUAUUGUGUUAUUAUAUUAUCUUUGGAUCAUUAAAAAAGUGGGGACGUUGGUUUGAGUUGACAUGUAUUUUUACGAAGUGCUGUAUCACCUACAUCAAGCCUAGGCAAUUGGCAAAACCGGAAAUUAGGCAGUAAAAUUAGGGUAGUUUGUGAUUGGUAAUGACGACAUGUUUGUGCAUUUGUGUGUGCCAAAGUUCAGUACAGCUUUUGUCACAAAUUGAACUUAUUAGGCACCAACAGAAACUUAAUUAAUCACGAUUGUUGAUUAAUCACGUAAAUAUAUGAUUUAGUUAUCUGCGUCAUUUUACCCCAAUCGAAACGCGUACCUAUGUUACAUUAGAAUUUAGUUAGGUUUUUAGAAGUUGUGUGAAAAACGAAAAUAAAUAUAAGAAAUUUAAUUGUGUUUACAAUUAACAGUAUCUUAUAAUAGAAAAGCUGAUGUUCGGAGAAAUGUUUCAUUGUCCGUAUUUUAUAUGAGUUUGCUGGAUUAGUAGGUACCUACUUUGAUCAAAAUUGUAGCGCUCAGUCUACGGUCUUUGGUUAGUAAUUUUGAUUUUGAAUCAAAAUGUUUCGUGUGAUUUAAAGAUAGAAUGUCUUAGUGUGAUAAUCCUGUGUAAAUAAAUAAAUAUAAGAUGCAAUGUGCUAAAAAUCUGCUAAAUGUUGGAUAAUAAGUUUCACUUUUAUUUCAUUUUUAUCUGUAUCGUUUUGAUGCUUUGUUCGAAUGCUUUUUUAUGGAUACGAAGACAGUUUAGUUUAAUCCUCUUUAUUGCUACGAUUGUAUGGCAGGUAAAUAAGUAUAUUUCAUUAAAACAGUCGAAUUUAAAGCAAAA